UUUCCUGCAUUAGAGGGAGGGAGACUCGCUCGCACACCGACGGAGGGAGAAGAGACCGAGGGGGAGAGCGGGCGGCGAGCGAGCGGCGGCCGAAAGCGGGGACGCGGGGAGCGGGGCGGGCGGGCGCCGGCGCCCGGGAGGUGGGGCCGCGCCGAGUCGCAGUCCCGGCCCCGCCGCCGCGCUGCGCACCGCCCGGUGCCGGCCUGCGCCCCGAGCCCGAGCGGCGGCCACCCCGACUCCCGAGCCCGCGCGGAUGUGAGAUUCACGGCUCCUGGCGCCUCCUGAUCGCCGACUGCGGCGCGGCGCGUCUUCGUCCAAGAGGAGGCGGCCGGGCUGGCCGUGUGGCUUGUGGAUUUUUAAAAAUUUGGCUCCGAAGAGGACCAUUUCCUCUCGACAUGCAUCCCUCCGGAUAGACUGUACAUCCCUCGGUCCAUCCCCCGCCCCGCGCGGUCAGAGGCAGACGCUGGGUGUUCGAAGAGGAUCCGGGUUGAAAUCUGCGCCCCCGGUUCAGGUCCCCGCCCCGUCCCACCGCCCCCUUCUCCUCCCGGAGUCGAAAUUUCCCGGGGAUUAUGUUUCGGAAAGGAACCCAGCGAGGAAAUACAUGCACUGGCUGAGAAUCGCCCGCGCCAGGGCGCAGCGCUACCAGGUGUAGGGAGAGUGUGGGGUGGGGCGAGAGGGGACCCAGGAGUCCCUGUGGCUCGGAGCGCCGCGGCGUCGGUUCUUCGUUCCUGCCCUCGGGGCGGACGGAGUGACCCCGGCUCCCACUCCCCGCCCCGACCAUGGUAGUGUUCAAUGGCCUUCUUAAAAUCAAAAUCUGCGAGGCCGUGAGCUUGAAGCCCACAGCCUGGUCGCUGCGCCAUGCGGUGGGACCCCGGCCGCAGACUUUCCUUCUGGACCCCUACAUCGCCCUCAACGUGGACGACUCGCGCAUUGGCCAAACGGCCACCAAGCAGAAGACCAACAGCCCGGCCUGGCACGAUGAGUUCGUCACCGAUGUGUGCAAUGGGCGCAAGAUCGAGCUGGCUGUCUUCCACGAUGCCCCCAUCGGCUACGACGACUUCGUGGCCAACUGUACCAUCCAAUUUGAGGAGCUGCUGCAGAACGGGAGCCGCCACUUCGAGGACUGGAUUGAUCUGGAGCCGGAAGGAAGAGUGUAUGUGAUCAUUGAUCUCUCGGGGUCGUCGGGCGAAGCCCCUAAAGACAAUGAAGAACGCGUGUUCCGGGAGCGCAUGCGGCCCAGGAAGCGGCAGGGGGCAGUCAGGCGCAGAGUCCACCAGGUCAACGGCCACAAGUUCAUGGCCACCUACCUUCGGCAGCCCACCUACUGCUCCCACUGCAGAGAUUUCAUCUGGGGUGUCAUAGGGAAGCAGGGAUACCAGUGUCAAGUUUGCACUUGCGUGGUCCACAAGCGAUGCCAUGAGCUCAUAAUUACGAAGUGCGCCGGAUUAAAGAAACAGGAAACUCCCGACGAGGUGGGCUCCCAGCGGUUCAGCGUCAACAUGCCCCACAAGUUCGGGAUCCACAACUACAAGGUCCCCACCUUCUGCGACCACUGUGGCUCCUUGCUCUGGGGCCUCUUGCGGCAGGGGCUGCAGUGCAAAGUCUGCAAGAUGAACGUCCACCGGCGCUGCGAGACUAACGUGGCUCCCAACUGUGGCGUGGACGCCAGGGGCAUCGCCAAAGUGCUGGCUGACCUGGGCGUCACUCCAGACAAAAUCACCAACAGUGGCCAGAGGAGGAAAAAGCUCCUUGCUGGUGCCGAGUCCCCGCAGCCUGCUUCUGGAAGCUCACCGUCAGAGGAAGAUCGAUCCAAGUCUGCACCCACCUCCCCUUGCGACCAAGAAAUAAAAGAACUUGAGAACAACAUCCGGAAGGCCUUGUCGUUCGACAACCGAGGGGAGGAGCACCGGGCGGCAUCGUCCGCUGACGGCCAGCUGGCGAGCCCGGGCGAGAACGGGGACGUGCGGCAAGGCCAGGCCAAGCGCCUGGGCCUGGACGAGUUCAACUUCAUCAAGGUGCUGGGCAAAGGCAGCUUCGGCAAGGUCAUGUUGGCAGAGCUCAAAGGCAAAGAUGAAGUGUAUGCUGUGAAGGUCCUGAAGAAGGACGUCAUCCUUCAGGAUGAUGACGUGGACUGCACGAUGACAGAGAAGAGGAUUUUGGCUCUGGCACGGAAACAUCCGUACCUAACCCAACUUUAUUGCUGCUUCCAGACCAAGGACCGCCUCUUUUUCGUCAUGGAGUAUGUAAAUGGUGGAGACCUCAUGUUCCAGAUUCAGCGCUCCCGAAAAUUCGACGAGCCUCGUUCCCGGUUCUAUGCAGCAGAAGUGACGUCAGCCCUCAUGUUCCUCCACCAGCAUGGAGUCAUCUACAGGGAUUUGAAACUGGACAACAUCCUUCUGGAUGCAGAAGGUCAUUGCAAGCUGGCCGACUUUGGCAUGUGCAAGGAAGGGAUUCUGAAUGGCGUGACCACCACCACGUUCUGCGGGACUCCUGACUACAUCGCUCCCGAGAUCCUGCAGGAGUUGGAGUACGGCCCAUCAGUGGACUGGUGGGCCCUGGGGGUGCUGAUGUAUGAGAUGAUGGCCGGGCAGCCCCCCUUUGAGGCCGACAACGAGGACGAUCUAUUCGAGUCCAUCCUCCACGACGACGUACUCUACCCGGUCUGGCUCAGCAAGGAAGCUGUCAGCAUCCUAAAGGCUUUCAUGACCAAGAACCCCCACAAGCGCCUGGGCUGUGUGGCGGCGCAGAACGGCGAGGAUGCCAUCAAGCAGCACCCGUUCUUCAAGGAGAUCGACUGGGUGCUCCUGGAGCAGAAGAAGAUCAAGCCGCCCUUCAAACCUCGAAUUAAAACCAAAAGAGAUGUCAAUAAUUUUGACCAAGACUUUACCCGGGAAGAGCCAGUACUCACGCUUGUGGAUGAAGCAAUUGUGAAGCAGAUCAACCAGGAGGAAUUCAAAGGCUUCUCCUACUUUGGUGAAGACCUGAUGCCCUGAGAAGCUGCUCCAGGCAGAGUUUGGUGAUGCUGCAAGCAGGGGUGCUGGGAAGAUUCCAGUUUUCCCGAGGCUCGGAAGCCCUUGAACCACUUCUCCUCCCUGGAGCCCCGGUCCCUUGUCCACCCUCUAUUUAUUGCAUUGUCUCGCCCCAGCUCCUCCCUCCUCCCACCUGGCGACCAGAAAGGCACUCUUCAUUCUCGUCUCACCAGUAACGCAGAGUGGCACAGGGUGGGCAGUUUGGACCCACUGCCAUGUCUGAUCUGUGGGCAAACCUGGCUUCACUCCCCGGGCGCUUCUGGCAGCGAAGCAACCUCAGUUCUUUUAUUGCAAAGGAAAGAA